CAACCUUUACAAAAAAAAUUCCUUUUGCAUUUAUUUUAUACGUUUAUUAUAAAGAUAAUGUUAGGUAAAAUGUUAUAUGAAAAAUAAUCGAUAUUUUUUUAUUAUUAUAUAAUAAAAAACACCGCUACAGGGGUUUGUUUGUAAUUCCACUGGAUUUAAACCGAAUGAUUAUUUACGGCUAGCAGUUGUUAACAUUUUUGACAGACUAUUCUUGAUGAGUGCUAUUAAAAUCUUUAUCUUUUUCUAACAAGAAGUCGAUAAAAGAUCCGCCGAUCUAGAUAAAACUUUACAAAUUGCGUUAAAUUAUAAAUAAUAUUGAAAUCAUGGAAAUCAGAUUCAGACGCGUGGUGUUAGUGGGUUAUUUAAAACAGUUAGAAGGCGGGUAAUUGUUUUAUGAAGUCUUUUAAUCAGUAUUGGUAAAAUCAGCAAUCUCAGGUGCUUUGUUUUUGUAUCAUUCAUUUGUUCUAUUUAAACGUUUAAAGAGAAUAAAAUAAUAAGUUUAUUUAAAAGUAAUCUUUUUUUUUAAUUAGAAAAAAAGAAAAAAGAAACAACAAAAAAUGAUAAAAUCCAAUAAGAAUAAAAGACAAUAUCACUUUGACUGAUGAAAAUUUGAUUUUUACGCGGCAUUUUUAAAGUAAAAUGGAUGAAAAAUGGAAGAUUGCAAUCUUAACUAAUUGUAACAUUGGAUUAAUUUCCAGUGGAGUUGGAUUAUUUGUUUUACUUAUGUUCAAAAAUGGAUUUGAUUCAACGCAGCGAUGCAUACUAAUUCAACUUUGUUUAAUAAACACUUGUUUAAGUAUAUGUUUUCAAAUUGAAGAAUUCACUAAAACAUUUGAUGAUGGAGUGCGUGUUAAACGUAUUUUGCAGAUUUAUGACGAACUUAAAAGUGUUCUUGGUACGGGAUAUUAUUACGUCACAUUUUGGUUGGUGUUCGACAGAUACUUACAUAUAAAACUAAACAUAAAGUACGCGGCCUACUGGACGAAAGGGAAAUCCAUCAUUUUAACAACAACCAUAUGGAGUAUUUCUGGGUUAAGCGGAAUUUUAAUUGAAGUUUACAAAAAUCAAUCAUAUAUUCAAAUUUAUAUUGCUGCGUGUUAUGAUGUAAUAAUAAUUACUUGUUUUGCAUUUUUCUAUACAUAUGCUGUUUUACUUAUUCGUAGGCAAAAAAGUCUUUGUUCCCAUCAAAGAAGCAUAUUUAAGGGCUCAUUAGUAUCAAGUAGCAUACUACUAAUAUUUAUUGUCUUAGUGGCAAUACCUGAAGUACUUUUAGCAUUAAUUCUUAAAAGCGAAGAUUUAAAUAAUUCAAAGAUUAUAUCUCAUAUAGCUUUAUAUAAGAGGAUAAGUUUUCCUAUAUCUGUUUGGACUGAUGCAUUUGUCUAUAUAUUUGCUUCUCCUCAAGUUAGAUUAGCUUUUAAAAAAAAGUUAAAUGUAUUAUUUGGCAGAAAAACAUUAUCUGUUAAAAGUGUUAAGGUAUCUAAAAGUCAUGUUGGUAAAAAUAUUUCUUUGAAGUACAUCUAUCAACUAUCAUCAGUAAAAAAAGAAAACUUCGGAUCAUGUUAG